AUGUAUUACCUAAAAUUAUUCCUGAAGUUAUUGUUGCUUCUCUUUUUAAGCUACGAUUUCAUCAUUUUGAAGAGCGGGACUAACAAAGUUGUGCAUGGGGAUAGAAACUUUUUAAAAGAGAACACGGAAAUAUAUUUUGAAGACGAUAGUUACCAAGGAGACAACAGUAGCACUGGUAAUGAAAAGUAUGUCAUAGUUUUACGGAACAUCAAGGCGGCAUUAAUUUACCGACUUAUAUGCCGUUUUGUCCUUUUUAUUUACGUCCUGAUUGCAGCAUGUUUGAUAUUCCCGCAUUAUAUAAGGCCGUACAUACCACCCAUUCUGCUAAACCAUCCGAGGUUCAAUGAAAUGUUUGAAAAUAUGCAACAAAAAAAACUCAUGGUACUUGGCAUCAUGAUCUUUUCGUACAAUAUCAUAUAUGGGAUUUUGUGCAACACAAGUGUGAUACAUGUGUACCAAAACAGGAAUUUGAUUUACGACGAUUAUUACUCUGAUCAUCUGUUUGUGCAGCGCCUCCGUGAGAAUAUGACUCAACUGCCUAGGUAA